AUGCGAGAAGAUGGAGAAGAAGAAGCGCAGGGGAACGGCGGAGUCAAGAGACCGAGGCUCACUAGUCCGGUUGAGAUGAGCCGUGCAGACGACAACCGUAUCGUGACCAACGAGCGGGGUAACAACGAGAGUGAUAUUAAGGAGGAUGACAAUGACACGGAUCCAGCCCUGCGAGCGGAGAAUGCUAAGGGGGACUCUGACACCCCCAAACCAGAGUUUGCAGUAUCAAAGAUCGGGAUAGAGGGUACGACCGAUGGCGGUACGGUCGACGUGGAUGAAGAAUCCGAGAAGGUUCCUGCCGCUUCGCUUCUUCGUUCGACAAAUGUGCAUGGAAAGGGAGCAACGAUUCUUGACCGUGCAGAUGCGGCUGUUGCUAAUAGCGGUACACCGUCAGCUUCUAACGCGGAUUUCAUGGCCGCGACAGUGACAGCAUUCGUCAGUACCAGCACCAAGGACAUCAGCGAUCCAACACGUCAGCACCUUGACGCAUCUGACGGUGUCGGUUCGUCCCGUCACCCGUCCGGUCCCCUUGCAUUCGCUACCGCUCCUCUUACUGCGGAAAAAGCUCUUCGAGAUGCUGACCAGGAGUUAAUACCGCGUACGAUCGCUCCGCCUGCUGACAUCUCGGGGUCUCCGCCUGCAGGCGAUGUAAAGAGCAGCAAGGCGAAAACGGGUAUCACCCAAGGGGAGGGUAAGGCACACGGAAGACAAAGGAACCAGGAGGAGCAGCAGCAGGGGGAGGAGGAGGAUGAGAAGCAAUCAUCACAGCCGUUGGCGGAUGUGGUAUCUGCAAAUAAGGAGAAGAACGCAGGCCGCCAGCAGCACCUGGAGCACCAGGAGGAGCAUCAGGAGGAGCAUCAGGAGCACCAGGAACAGCAUCUCUCUCCAGUGGUUGAGGUGGUCUCUGCAGGGGAGCUUCCCCAGCAGGGACAGCGUGUGAUGCUGCCAGUAGACGCAGUUGUGUGCGUUGAGCCGCCUGCACCCGAUUCAACUCAGAAACCACUGCCAGUAGACGCAGUCGUGUGCGUUGAACCGCCUGCUCUGGAGUCGACUGAUAAGUCGCCGGCUGCGGAUGCUGUUGUUUGCAUUGAGGCGCCUGCUUUGAGCUUGACUCAAAUCACCAUGCCAGUGAAUGCCGUAGUGUGCGUUGAACCGCCUGCACCCGAUGCAACCCAGAGGCCAGUGCCGUUGAAUGCUGUCGUUGUCGUUGAGCCGCCUGCGCUCGCAUGUGGGCCGAUCUCCCCUGCUCUGCCUGUUGCGCCGCCUCCAUUUGCCGCGGCACAGAUCGAUCCUCGUGCUGUGACCGUGGUAUCUAUUGACGCUGAUUUGUCUCAGCAGCCGCUGCCGCCACCGCCACUGCCAGUGGUUGAGGUGGUUUCGUGCGAGGCUGAUGAGUCAGGUUCGGCUGCUGCUGUGCUUCCUGCAAGCGAGAGCCUACUGGCUGCCAGUGGGAUCGUCAGUGUUGUGCGUGCGGGCAUUGAGGAGGACGAUAUAGGCGUGGAGCAUCGGGGGGAGAUAUGCGGAGAGCAGGGGGGGGUGAGGAAGGAGGAGGAGAAGUCAGCCUCUGCUGCUGCUGAUGUGCCUCAGCUGGGGGAGGCUCUACAGACUGCCAAUGGAAUCGUCAGUGUUGUGCCUGCUGGUAAUGGGGAGAGAGUAGGAGUGGAGCAGCAAGAGGUGGGGAAGGAGGAGGAGAGGAUGGGGAAGGAGGAUGAGAAGGAGGAGGAGGAGAAGGAGGAUGAGAAGGAGGAGGAGAAGGAGGAGGAGGAGGAGGAGGAGGAGGAGGAAGAGGAGGAGGAGGAGGAGGAGGAGGAGGAGAAGGAGAAGGAGAAGGAGAAGGAGAAGGAGAAGGAGAAGAAAAGGGUCGAUGGGCGCGAUGACAAGGGAGUGCUGGUGGGAAGGGAGGAGCCCAUUGAGUCGAGUCAAAGCGAUGAUGAGAAGUUGGAGAAGAAGGGUGAAGAAAGGUCCGAUGAGGAAAGGGUGCUGGCUGAGAAUAGGAAGGGAGGAGAGGAGAGGGAUGAGAAGUUUGAGGAGAGCAAGGGGACAGCUGGGGGUGAUGGGAGUGGUGAAAAUGAGGAGGCAGGUGAGAAGGACGAGAGGGGUGUGGGCGGAGAAAGAGCCGUGGAGAGGGGGACAGGAGUAGAGGGUGGCAAAGAUAUGGGAGACAAGGGGAUGGAGGUUGACAGCCAGAAGGAGGUGGGUGAAGUGGGAGUUCGAGAUGAAGCUGGGAAUGGAGGCCACGGCCGUGGGGACGGGCACAGCAGCGGCGGGGGUGGUGCUGGUGGUGCUGGUGGUGGGGGAAGCGGAGGAGGAGGAGGAGGAGGAGGAGGAGGAGGAGGAGGGGGAGGAGGAGGAGGAGGAGGAGGAGGCGGAACAAGUGGUGGAAAUGGGAAUCACCACGGUACCAGUGGGCGUUCAUGGCAUUUCUCAGGGUACCCAGGCGUGUCUCGGAACGGCCGGAAAUGGUCCGCGAAAGUCUCUAUGAACUCCCAACAGAGGGCGCGGUACGGUGUGUGCCAGAACAUGCACUGCGGGCAGUGGGAGGAGGUGGAACACGCAGCAGCCGCGGCCGAAGCGGCUUGUUUUGUUUUCAAGGGAGGGAAGGGGCGCACGUGGAAGUUUCUGACUGAGCAGCAGAGGGAGGUGCUAGGGGAGAUGGAUCCGGAUGAGGGCAUGUGGCUGAUCAAGGCGAAGAGGUGGAGAGAGUGGAAUGUAUGGCAGCCGGGGAGAACUGGGUGGGUGAAGGGGAUGGGGCUGGCGGAGGGUGGGGAUGGGCAUGGGGUGGGGGGAGCGCAGCAGGAGGGGCAGGGGGAGGGGGAGGGGGAGGGGAAUGAGGGGCAUGGGGCUGGGCAGGAGAAGCAGGGGGAGGGAAAUGAGGGGCAGGAUGGGCAGGGAGAGGGGGAGAGUCAGGAGGGUGAGCCGAUGAUGUUGGAGUGGCAUGAGGGGUGGGAGGGGAGGCAUGCGGAUGGGCAGAGGGAGGAGGAGAGCGAGCAGGAGAGGGAGCAGCAGAGGGAGAAGGAAAGGGAGAAGGAGAGGGAAAGAGAGAGGGAGAGAGAGAGGGAAAAAGAGGAGGAGAAGGUUAGGGAGGUGAUUAAGAAGGAGAGGGAGAAGGAGAGGGAGAAAGAUAGGGAAAAAGAGAGGGAGAAGGAGAGGGAGAAAGAGAGGGAGCAGCAGGAGAAGGAGAGACGCCAGCAGGAAGACGAAGGGCGGAAGGGCAGGGAGCGAGAACAGGAUGGGAUGCGGGAGAAAGCGGAAAAAGAGGAACAAGAACCGCGGGGAUUGAAGACUUUUGAGGCGCCUCAAAAGGAACAAGAACCGCGGGGAUUGAAACUCGACCUGAACGCCCAACAGCCACUGCAGUUUUACUCUGAACCUCCUCCCACCCCGUCCCUUCCUGCUCCGCCUCUUUCCGCUCCUCCUUUUCCUCCUCCGAUUGUUCCACCUCCCCUUGUCGCAGCACCCACCCCAUCCCAUCCAGUGCCUUUUCCCUCUUUCGUGGGAUCACAGCAAGGCCCACCCUCGCUGCAGCAAGGCACACCCACGAUGCAGCAGCAUCAGCCAGUGGCAUCGAUCCGAGAGCUGCUGGCCAUGCCCCGCCCCUUCUCUGUUCCCCCCCCUCCUGCUGCUGCUGCUGCUGCUGCUCCUGUGACUCAUAACGAGGCAUGGCCGCAUGAGUCAUUCAGCCAGCAUCAGCGAGUGGCGAGGAUAAGAGAGAUGCUGGGAUCUUCAUUCGGUGCGCUCAAGAGUAAAGGGCUAGAAGAGAGCUCGCUAGGAGUCGAUUCUUUAGGUGGGGCUUCUUUGGGUGGUGGUGGUGGCGGCGCCAGCGGCGAUGGUGGUGGGUCGCAGAGUGGCAGUAUGGGUUUAUCGUGGGGAGUGAAGGCGGUUGGUGGUGGUGCUGUUUCUGCUGCUGAUGGCGUUGGCUCUGGUGGCGCUGCUGCUGCUCCCGGCAUCACCCGUCCUCCUUUUUCUUCUCCCCUUCCUCCUCUGCCUCAUCCUAUCAUCAACUCUACUGGUCCUAUUGCUGCUACUACAGCUGCUGUUCCUGCUACUGCGGGCAGCAAUUCACCCUUCCCUUGGUUGUCGGUCCCCACGCCAGGGACCUCAGGGUACCUGGGAGUGGUGAAGAGCGGUCGGAAGUGGGCGGUUCAACUCUCAAUGAACAUGAAGCAGCGAGCGAGCUACUCUGUAGGCCACAUUCUCAACUGCGGGGUAUGGGACGACGUGGGGGAGGCUGCAAUCGCAGCAGAGGCGGCUUAUCUGGUUCUAAAAGGGGAGAAGAUCGAGUUUAGAUUGCUGAGUGAAGAGCAGAAGAGGAGGCUGAGGCAGAUGGGUCCGGAUGAGGCAGUGAGGAUUAUCAAGGAGAGGAGGUGGAAGGUGUGGAGGGACUGGCGGCCGGGAAAGGAGGGGGAUGGGACGGGAUGGUUUGUGGAGGGAGGGGAGGAGAGAGAGGGGGGAUGGAAGGUGGGGAUGGGAGAAGGGAGGGGAGAGAGGGGCCGGGAGGAGGAGGAGGAAGGGUGGGAAAGGCAGGAUGGGAUGGAGGAGGAGGAAGGGAGAGGGAGGGGGAGAGGGGAGGGAACGGAGGUUCGUGACAGAGCACAGCAUGGGAGGGAGGCGCAUUACCCAGAGUCGUCGCAAGCUCUCGUUCUGAUUGGUUCUCCAGCUCACCGACAUGGCACGCCGGAGCAGCACAGCUCAGCGCCCAGUCACCGCGAGUCAGCGCCGGGCCAUGCUGACUCGGCGCCAGGUCAGCACGGGGUAGGGCCAGGUCAUUCCUCCCUGCCGCAACCCCCGGGGGAGGGUUACGCGUCUGGUUACUUUGGCGUGUUUCGUAACGCGAAACUUUCGAUGAACGCUGACCAGAGGCAGAGGUACGCCGUGGGGAAGAGUAUCCACUGCGGGCAGUAUGAGGAAGUUUUGGAGGCGGCGGCGGCAGCUGAAGCGGCGAAUUUUGUUUUCAAGGGCGGGAAGGGGCGGACGUUUAAGUUUCUGACUGAGCAGCAGAGGGAAGUUCUGGCUUUAAUGGACCCUGAUGAUGCGAUGGUGAUGAUUAAGAAUAAGACCUGGAAGGACUGGAAGGAUUGGCAGCCGGGCGGGGUUGUGGGAAGGGGAGCGGUGGAGGGAGGAGGGAGUGGGGGAGGGGGAGGUGGGGGAGGAGUGGGAGGGGCGGAGGUGGGGGGAGGUGGGGGUGGGAUGGUGCCUGGGGUGGGGGAGAUGGGGAGUGGAGCAGGAGGGGGAGCACCCGGGGGAGUGGGAGUAGGGGGGGGUGGAGCAGGGGGGUUUGGAGGAGGAGGUGCGGGAGCAAGCUCGGGGGGAGGUACGGGAGCAGGUUCGGGAGUAGGAAGGGUGGGAGGAGCAGCAACGGGGGGGUUUUCAAGUGGGUUUAUGCAUGGAAGGAUGGUGGUGGGUGGUGGGAUUCAUGAGGAGAGAAUACAGCCGGGGAGCAUUCCCAUGCAACCGGGAAGCAUUGCAAUGCAACCCGGAAACGUCGCCAUGCAACCGGGUACCGGUGGGAAUUUUCUUGCUUACCCACCACCAGGGGGAGGGGUUGUGACUGGUGCACAGGUGAGAAGGCCGGAGAAAGGCGAGAUGGAGCGAAAGGAGAUGGGUGAAGUCAAGCUCGCUAAGGGGGAGAGGCGGAUGGAGAUUGAAAUCCCACCAGGGAGAUUCGAGAACUCGCACGGAUCUUUCGCAAAGGAGAUUAAAGUUGAACCCGAGGCCUUAAUGCAUUGUGGCGACGGAGACGCUGCGCUCCUCCAUCCAAACCACUCCGCGCCUCGCGCUGUAUUGUACGCCGAGCCUACUGGUUUGGGUAACGCCGAGCCUCGCGUCGUGAGGGAUGCCGAGCCUAGGGGUUUGGGAAUCGCCGAGCCUGGAGAGCAGCUGCGGGAGGUUCAUUCCGUGGGGCUGCUGCUUGCGCCUGCCGUCGUUAUUCCCAAGGAUGCGUCUUCUUCCAAGGGAAGAGAGGGAGUAGUGGUGAAGGAGGAAGAGGGAGAGGAGGGGGAGAUCAAAGAGAGGGAGGAAGAGGGGGAGGAAGGGGAGAUUGGAGAGGAGGAGAAAGAGGAGAGUAAUGAGGGGGAAGAAGGGGAAAUUAAAGAGGGGGGGGGAGAGGAGGAGGGUCUUCUGGAGAGAAAACGGCAUGCGGAGGCAAGCAUGCUUGUGAAAAGGGAGGAGGGGGAGGAAAUGGGGGAGGAAGAAAAUGAUGUAAUGGUUGUGGAUGAGUGGUAUGAGGAGGUUGAGAUGGGUGGGGAGGAGCAGAAGGAUGAGGAGGAGGGUCGUGUGGAGGGAAAACGGCAUUUGAAGGCAAGCGUGCGUGUGAACAGGGAGGAGGGGGAAAUGGAGGAGGAAGGAGAAGAGGAGGAAGACGAGGAGGUGGUGAUAGUGGACGAGUGGUAUGAGGAGGUUGAGAUGGGUGGGGAGGAGCGGAAGGAGGAGGAGGAGGAGAAGCUGGAAGGGGAGGAGGUGAUGCGAAGAGUGGAGGAAGGAAGAAAAGGAUUGCAGACCGGUCAGCAGAGUGGUCAGCUGGUGGUGCGUGUAAAGAAAGAGGAAGAGGAGGAGGAGAGGGAAAGUGAGGAGGGAGAGAUGGCAUUGGUGGUGGUUCAUGAAGCAACGGAGGAGGACAGAGAGGAAAGGGAGAAAGGGGAAGAAGGGGAGGAAGAGGAGGACGAGGAGGAAGAGGGGGAAUGGAGGGAUGUAAAGGAGGAGAGGCAGGUGCUAGUUGUGCUGGGUGGGGAGACAGGAGGGCUAGAGGUGAAGCCACAGGGCACGGAAUGGGGAGCAGGGUGGGAAGAAGCAGCGUUCGCAUCAGCACAUUCCAAUCUGCAGCGAUGCUCCCAGUUCACACCGCCACCACCCGCAAGCACUUCCACUUCUCCUAAGGCAAUGAAAGCUUUGUAUCUCAAGGCUUUGAGUGGGAUGAAGCGUGCAACAUUGAAUCCCAAUCCAUCCUCCACCCUUAGUGGGAAUCUCACUUCUUCUUCCCCUGCCUCUCGUGGUGCCCCAACUUCCACCCCUCCCGCAAAGUCCUCCCGCUCAUCGGGGUACUUUGGAGUGGUUCGGGUCGGUUCCAAGUGGUCCGUGAACCUGUUUCUCAGCCAGGCACAGCAGACCAAGUAUGGUAUCAGAGCAUCGGCCCUCAACUGCGGGUCCUGGGAGGAAGGGGAACUUCUAGAAGCCGCCGCAGCAGCCGAGGCGGCUUAUCUGGUGCUUAAGGGGGAAAGGGGGAUUGAGUUUAAGGUGCUGAGUGAAGGGGAGAAGGAGAGGCUGCGGCGGAUGGGGUGGGAGGAGGCUGUGAGGAUGAUUAAGGGGAAGAUGUGGCGGUGGUGGCGGGAGUGGGGGAGAAAAGGGGGGGAGAGGGGGACAAGGGAGGAAGGGGAGAAAGAGGAGAGGGAAAAAAAGGGAGAAGAGGGGGAGAAGGGGGAGUGCAGAGGGAAGGGGGGCUUGAGAGGGGGAGACGACAACGGUGAGAAGCAGGCAGAAGAGCUUGUGAGGGUGGGGGACCAGGGACUGGUACUGGACGAGGAGAGGCCGUUGCAGGCGAUUGUUCCACAAGUGCCUCGAGAAGAGCUUUGGAAAGUGCCGCGAGAAGAGCUUCGAGAUGUGCCUGUAGAACCGCCUAGAGAUGUUUACCAUGACAAGACCCCGAUUGUUACGAAGAAAAAGCAGGCAAAUUCGUCCGGUUACAUCGGCGUUACGAAGAACUACAGCUCGUGGGCCGUUCGCGUCCCGUUAAACUCACAAAAGAGCGCCUUAUAUGGGGUAUGCAAGAAAUGUUACUGCGGGCAGUGGGACGAUUUAGAAGCAGCAGGAGCAGCAGCGGAAGCAGCAUACUUCGUGCUUAUAGGGGAGAAAGAGAUGCAGGAGAGGGGGAUUAAGCUGCGACUUUUAACUGAGAGACAAAAGGAGUCACUUAGGCAGAUGGACCCUUUCGAAGCGGUGAGGAUGAUUAAGGAAAAGAGAUGGAAGGAGUGGAUGAAAUGGGUUCCGAAGGGAGUGGCGGGUGCUGCUGUGGGUUGCUCGGACAGAGGAAAUCUGCUGUAUGAUUCCAGUAGUAGAAAUGUGGGUGGCAGUGAUGCGUUGCUGCAGAGGCAAAGCCUCCACGUGGCAGCUCCUGAUUGGCCGAUCUCUCCACCAAUGGACGCGAGCCACCUGAAAUGGCUGCAGGGAAUGGCACUGGUGGUGGCCGUGGCUUUAAUCUGGAUAUCCGCAAGCUACAUAGUGCAGGCGGUGGAGGAAGGUGGUCUGGCGCCGUUUAUACUCACGUACAUCUGCAACUCGUUAUUCGUGCUCUACAUCCCCGUUGUAGAGCUCUGGUGGUACCUCUUCGGAAAGGAGGUGCCUGGGGGUGGUUCUGCCUCCAAUGGUGGAUCGGGCAUCAGAGAGUACGAUUCAGGAAGUCGUGUUGGCUGGAAAAACAGUGGCAAGAGCAAUGCAGGUGGAGGUAACAUGGUAACCAGUAUCAGUGUGAGGAAGAAGGAGAAAAUGGGGGACGGGGAGGGAGAUGAGGAAGAAAGAGGGUUGUUGGUAGAAGGGGAGAAGGAGACGGGAUUGGGGGAUAUUGAAGAGGAGGGGAACGAUGACGGGUUGAUGGGGGAAGAGGAGAGAAGGGAGGAGGGAAAAGGCGCACAGGGAGGGAUGCAGGGGGUAAUGCAUGGUCGAAAAAAGGAGGGUGGGUUGGAGGAGCAAGGGGAGCAGGGGGAGCAGGGGGGGCAGGGGGGGCAGGGGGAGCAGGGGGAGCAAAGGGAGCAGGGGGGGCAGGGGGAGCAGGAGAAGCAGGAGAAACAGGAGGAGCAGGGGCGGCUAGGGCAGGAGCGGCAGAAGGGGCAGGAGGGGCAUGAGGCGCAGCAGGGGCAGGAGGGGCAGGAGGGGCAGGAGCGGCAGCAGGGAGCGCAGGGACAAGGGGGAUUAGUGGAAGCAGUUGAAGGGCGAGGUAGAGAAACACGGGUGGCAGCAACGGAACUGACUAUAGAGGGGAUAGAGCCAGCAGCACAUGGGGGAGUAGGGGCAGCGCAAGGGGAGGAGGGACCAGGGGAGGGGGGAGAAGGAGUGGAGAGAGGUGGGGAUGGGUACCAGGAGAGGCAGGCUCAUGCUGACAUGGACAGGGGGGUUGGUGAGCUGGCAACCCGUCUCUCUCUUCACACUGCACUGACUCAAUCCGCCAGCAAGGAGUCCGUCCAAUCCAAUUCGUCCACGUCAGCAGAGUUCACCUUCAACCUCUCGCUGGCCUACACCAGCGUCACGUCCAACACCAUUCUCAGCUGCACGUCAAGCCUCUUCACUUUUGCUCUAUCCGUCUAUCUCCUUCACGAGCGUUUCUGCCUUCGCAAGCUGCUCUCCGUGCUGCUCUGCGUGGCCGGCACCGUCGUUGUCGCCCUUGCAGACCAAGCCCAGGCCAGCAACACUCUAAACGCCGCUCUUAGCAACCUAAGCGCCAGCGGCGGUUUCAACAGCAGCAGCGCCAGCAGCAGUGGCGCCGGGCUAAGUGGCAGUGGGAAUGGCACAGGUUUCGGCGCCGGUGGUGGUGGUGGGAGUGCGUUUGAUGCUGCUGCGGUGGCAGAGGCGAGUGCAGCAGUUGCGAGUAACGCAAGGGAGAGUCUGUUUGGGGAUGUGCUGGUUCUCAUGUCAGCGGGUUUCUACUCUCUCUAUACCACCAUGCUAAGGUCUUUCACGCCUGCUGAAGGGGGUUUUGAGGAGAUGGGGAGUGAGGAGGAGGGGAAAGAGGGAGAGGAGGAGGAGGAGGAGGUACCGUUCAGCACGGCGCUCAUGUUUGGGUAUCUGGGACUCUUCAACCUCUUCCUGCUGGCGCCCGUGGGGCUGAUAGUGCAGUGGGUGCGAGGCCAGUGGUUCGCCUGGCCCGAUGCCUCCCAGUGGGGACUGGUGAUCGCCAAAGGUCUGCUAGACAACGUCUUGAGUGACUACCUUUGGGCUCGUGCCGUCCUUCUCACCACCCCCACCGCCGCUACAGCCGGGCUACAGAUUCAGAUCCCCAUCGCCCUCAGUGUAGACAGCUGGAGGGCCAACAGCCUACCGGACACUGUUCACAUGGUAGGGGCAGUGUUGGUGGUCCUGGGGUUCCUGGGGAUCAACUCGUUCGUGACGUUUGAUUGGCUGGGAGAUGUGGGUGCUGCGGAAAGGUGGCUUUUGGAGCGGUGUAAAGCGGUGGGAGUGGUUGUAAGGGGGUUGGUAGCGGCAGUGGGUGAAAUUCUACAAGGGAUGGUUAGUAAAGUGGUUGGGAGGCGGAGGGGUGGGGAAUUGGAAGGGCUUUUAGAGAGUGAGGAUGGGGGGGUAGCUCGAGCAGAAUCAACUCUGGUAGGAAAUCAAGUGCUUGCAAAAGCUUCGGAUAUUGUAGGGGAGAAAGCUUCAGUGUAG